UAAAGCGGCGCCGCUGCAGGGGGGUGUCGGUGAACAUACAUGCUGCCUCCGCUCCGUCUGGCCCUCCGAGUGCCCUGUGCAACAAAAGAAAGUAACUUUAGGACCGAAGGAAAAAGAAAUAAACUAGCACAGUGACUUAACGGAGACAAACAAGGGACCAUUCAAUUCACUACUUCUAACAUUCCCACUGUUAAAGUGGUAAUAUCUCCCACGAGUAAAAAGAAAGUUGUAGAACAAAAUGUGGAGCGGCUUUUAAUUAGUAGUUGUUAGCUAAUGCGAAGUUACUUUUAGGGUUUGUUACCACAUUUAAACAGACACAGUGCUGCAGGCACGGGGAAUGGACCCCCAGUUAUUGUGCUGUGAAGGGGACAGGCCUGUCGUCCGGAGGGCCUACCGGGACUCCAACCUGUUGAAUGACCGGGUCCUGAACGCUCUGCUGCGGGCUGAAGACAAGUACCUCCCCGCUGCCAACUACUUCAAAUGCGUCCAGAGAGAAAUAGUCCCGUGCAUGAGGAGGAUAGUGGCUACCUGGAUGUUGGAGGUGAGGCAGGAGCAGAAGUGUGAGGAGGAGGUCUUCCCUCUGGCGAUGAACUACAUGGACCGCUUCCUGUCUGUGGAACCCACCAAGAAGAGCCACCUGCAGCUGCUGGGGGCUGUCUGCAUGUUCCUGGCAUCCAAACUGAAGGAGACAAUGCCACUCAGUGCCGAGAAACUCUGCAUCUACACCGACAACUCCAUCACACCCACCCAGCUGCUGCAAAUGGAGCUGCUGGUUCUGAAUAAGCUGAAGUGGGACCUGGGUUCAGUGACCCCCCUUGACUUCAUCGACCACUUCCUGUCUCAGCUGGCUGUCAGGAGAGAGAACAGGCCCAUCCUCAGGAAGCACGCUCAGACCUUCGUGGCUCUGUGUGCCACAGAUGUGAAGUUUAUUGCCAGCCCCCCCUCCAUGAUAGCAGCAGGCAGCAUGGUGGCAGCAGUGGAGGGGCUCCAGAUGAGGAUGGUGGGCAACGGCUUGAUGUCUCAGAAACUGACAGAGCAGCUGGCACAGACCAUCAGGAGUGACCCGGACUGUCUCAGGGCGUGUCAGGAACAAAUCGAGGUGCUGCUGGAAACCAGCCUCAGACAGGCACAACAACCCCAACACUCAGUUGCCAUGGAAACUAAGAACAUCAGCGAGGAGCAGGACCUCUCAACGACACCCACAGAUGUCCGGGACAUCAACAUCUGACUGAGUGACGGAGAGACAGGAGCAGGUGGAGCUGAUGAAGUGGACAGAAACACAUGGCUUUGUGUCACAUGUGGAGUGUCACAGGGAGCUGGACUCAACAGUGUUUGGAACUGUUUACAUGAGGCCCAGUUUGAACUGAGGCGGGACCUGAGGAGGCGCUGACACCUUCAGGAUAUGAGAACCUUAACACUGGUACCAGCUGACUCAGAGAACAGGGGACAGUCGGCUGCAGCCACCAAUGUGUUGUUUUCAAGGCUGUCUGGACCCAGGCCGCAUUUACAAAAGGAAAAGAAAACCUUAUCACAGAGACUGAACAGUGACUGGGGCGUUUAAAUGCCUUUAUCAAAUGUUUUAUUCAUACAAAAUGAGAACAAGAAUACAGAUUUAGCUGGAGACACACCUCACUGACGGUGAAGCUCUCGUAUGAUCAAAAGGAAACUACGUGGGUUAACAUCUUUUUAAAAUGUGCAUCUUUACAUAAGACUGGAACAGCAAGAAAGCUGCCCCAAACAAGUCUAUUCUGUAUUCCUAUACAUAGAACCUGUACUGCCGUCUAUAGCAUGUCACGGCAAGGAGUGUGCCCUCAGCCACUUAAAGAGAUCUUACUUGAUUUUAAAUAUUCUAAGUCAUAAUAUGAAUUUUUUAUUGUGUUUGAUUACAAGUUUGAUAAACAUGGGUCCUGGUCCGCAUGUAAAGUGCUUACAGUAUUGAGCUGUAUGGUUUUGCUUCAAGACCAUGUUCAAGACGCAAGACAUGAUGGUAAACAUAAUGUCAUCAUUAGUGAGGUUGAGGUUUCUAAAUUGAGACCCAGAAAAGUGUAUCUGUUUGUUUUUUGGCUGAUAAAAUGUACUUAUGGAAUGUGUUGAACCGUUAUUAUAUGUUAUUACUGACUUGAACCAGUGCUCUCAGUGUAGUGCACACCUUACACCACUAGAGGGAGCUCAGUGCAUCUCCUGUGCAUCAGAAGCAAAAUACAUUGAAGACCACACACACACACUUUCUGUUCUUCAGAGAAGGGGAUAAAGCAUGUUGGAAAGUAAGAAAUCAGGUGUACUACUUUAUUUGCUUGCUAUAUUUAUUAUUUCACAUCAAUUGACUUCACAGCUUAAAGGUAAGAAUGGAGAAACCAGCUCGAGUGCCCUAGAAUUUGAAACUAGCCAACAAAAUCUGCCCCUUCCUUCAGACUUCCUCACAGAGCCCCUCCUCCAACACACACGAACGCGCACAUGACCAAUGAGGGCACGAGAUAAGUUUGUGCACAGAUGGAAGGCUGACAGGCAGGUAGACCAUCCAGUUACUUUAGCCCGGGCCGGCUCAGAUGAUUGGUCGUGCUUUUUACAGCGCCACGGCUUCUAGGGAUACAUUUUGUUAUGUAUUUAUUGUCAAAGCAUUUCAUGUAUUCAUUGCUAUCGGGAUGUUAAGAGCAUUCCAUGGAAUAUAACAAAAAGUGUUUCUGAAGUGAAUUACAUACCCCACCUUUAAAGAUAAGCAGUUCAGCUGCUGUAUUAACAUUUCAUUCUGCUAUGAUAAUUAUUUUUAAAGGGGAUGUCCCUAAUUUUAAGCUUUUACCAAGUUAAACCCGGUGUUGGUGCCAUUGUUUUGUCUGUCCGUAAAGAUGAAUUAAAGUAAAACUGAUACCACUGUUAAA